GAGUAUUAUCGUAUCUGUGAGCUUCUCGACUCAUUAGUCAACGAGGCGGCCAGAGGACGUUUAUUUUCCUAAUUACACUCCGGCUUGUAUUGAGAUAUUUUGUAGCAAAAAGUCGUUUGUUUAAAAAAAUUAAGAGCCAUGAGCAGUUCAGAGGAAGUAUCAUGGAUCUCAUGGUUUUGUGGGCUACGUGGAAACGAGUUUUUUUGUGAGGUUGAUGAAGACUACAUUCAAGAUAAGUUUAAUUUAACCAGCUUAAAUGAACAAGUCCCACACUACAGACAAGCUCUUGACAUGAUCUUAGACUUAGAACCAGAUGAUGAAUUAGAAGACAAUCCAAACCAGAGCGAUCUAUUUGAACAAGCAGCAGAGAUGCUAUAUGGUUUAAUACAUGCAAGAUAUAUUUUGACCAACAGGGGGAUAGCCCAGAUGCUUGAAAAAUGGCAAAACGGCGAUUUUGGUCAUUGUCCCCGUGUAUAUUGUGAAAAUCAACCAGUUAUGCCAAUAGGUUUGUCAGAUGUUCCAGGUGAAGCUAUGGUGAAACUGUACUGUCCAAAAUGUAUGGAUGUUUACAACCCGAAGUCUUCACGUCAUCACCACACUGACGGCGCUUACUUUGGCACAGGUUUCCCGCAUAUGCUAUUUAUGGUCCACCCAGAAUAUAGACCGAAAAGAAGUCCAAACCAAUUUGUACCUAGGUUGUUCGGUUUUAAAAUUCAUCCGAUGUCAUAUCAGCUCCAAGCACAAGCUGCUGCAAACGCUCGAAGUAGAAGCGCAUCGGCGCGGCCAAGGCCGAUUAAAACGGGACAUUACAAAUAGAUAUUUUAGCGUUUGUUUGCACUUACACGUUUUUGUGACACGAUACAAAAACGCACCAACACGCUCAAGUAGAAUGGAAUUUGAUAGUUUUGUUUUUUACUUGGCAUGUAAAAAAAAUAAAGUCGAGAAUUCGAGACCUCAGAUAAAAAAUUCAACAUGAAUUAGCCUAAAAAACUAGUUGAACAAUAUUACAGUCUUAAUUUUAUUUACAGCUUGCUUUGAAACUUACUAUAAAUAUUUAUUAUAAUUUGACCUUUUUUCACAGUGCGGUAACAUGUUCAUAUUUAUGUGCAGGCUAGAUGAGAAAAUACAUUUUUUGUGUUUACAAUAAAUAAUAUUUGUUAUACAUUUGUACUGUUUACUGUAAGCUUAUUAGACAGUUUAGCAUUUGGAAAUAACUUUGUCCCCAGAA